AUUCAUUCAGCCACAUCACCCACACGCAUACUCCUGCCCAGCGUGAGCUCACAGUCUGUCUACCUUUCGCUUGAAAAUCUGCGUGUCCGUGAGAAACUGUGCUGUUGGUCCACACCUAAGGCAGAAUACUACAGAUCUGACUGUUGAACACUUUUUUUAGUUUAGCAAGAAUCUCUCCUCCUUCCAAUGGGUCCCGGGUUAGUUAUACUUUUCUCUCUGUUUGGAGUUCUCAAAGGACAAGGUAAGUUACCUUUCUGCUUCAGGAUAGUAGCCUACUGUGACAAGAUGUAAUUCUAACCAUGAGAAUCAAUCCAUGCCCAUGCGUGAUGUACCGCAUACUGUAUAGUCUCGGCUCAUAAUAAUGGCUGGAAUGGAGUAUAAUGGAUGGAAUGGAAUGUUUUUGAUACAUUUACAUUUACAUUUUAGACACGCGACUUACAGUUAGUGAGUGCAUACAUUUUUCAUUCUGGCCCCCCAUUCCAUUCACUCCAUUCCAGCCAUUAUUAUAAGCUGUCCUCCCCUCAGCAGCCUCCACUGGUAUAGACAUACAGUAGACUAACUACUCCUAUAAGUACACACAGGCAUGGUAGAUAUGUCAAGCUUAACACCUUACUGCAGUAUCACUGUGUGGGCAGAGAUGAGGUCGGGUACCACUGGAGAUAACCAAAUGUUCCAUUAAGUUUUACAUGUAAUUUUAUGAACACUUUAUGUCAGUUAUAUUACAGUAAGAUCAUGUAGCCUACUGUGUCACAUGCUGUUCAGUGUGUGUCAUUUGAUUUUGAUUUGUGAGUGUGUGUGCCUUCUGUGUUUGUGUGUAUCUUGCCAGUAAAACAUCUGCACAUGAUUCCUAGCUUAAAGGAUGGUUUCAACAUUCGCAACUUGUCCUAAAGUGAUUUGGCAGUGAUGAAAUGCAUUGUGUGUAGUUUAUAAUAUGGACUAAUUUUGUUGGUAGAGAUUGGUCAGACUACUGCCAGGACUAAUAUUUGUAAUCGGUGAGAGGUCAGUAUGCUAUUUACAUUUUAGUCAUUUAGCAGACUCUCUUAUCCAGAGGGACUUACAGGAGCAAUUAGGGUUAAAUGCCUUGCUCAAGGGCACAUCGACAGAUUUUUCAGCUAGUUGGCUCUGGGAUUCAAUCCAGCAACCUUUUGGUUACUGGCCCAAUGCUCUAAAUCGCUAGACUACCUGCCGCUCACAAUAUUACAGAAGGAAAUUAUUGCCCAAGCUCUAACAGUAACAAGGCUUUAAAGUUUAGAAUACGCAGUAUAGAGAUGUGCUCAAGAGGCUUGCUGCUCAGCCAGCCAGCCAGACAGACGCAGGUCAGGUCUCUCCUUACACUAUGACAGUGUGUCAAAUGAGUCUGGAGGCACUUAAGCAGUACCCCACUGAGCGUUGGCUGGUCGGGGGGGAGGAGCUCUGAUUUAGACCUUUAAAGGCCCCUCCAGGGGUCACAGAAGCAUGAGACGACCCAUAUUAGGGUCCGCUGGACACACCUGGGGCCAAUUCCACACAUGGGGCCACUUUCACACGAGGCCACUUUCACACGAGGCCACUUUCACACGAGGCCACUUUCACAGCCUGCGGGGCUCCUGUCAGUGGUGUGCCUAAAAAUUCUGGCCCUAGGAAAGAAUUUGACAUCACCCCAUCUCCAUUGAAUUCAAUGUAAUUGGGAAUGUCGCACAGGGGCUAUACCCUCCCCCCAACACCUAUCAGCACCCCUCGCUCCUCUUCUCAGCUUCCAUGCUGUGCGGGAGAGAGUCAACGGUCAGGGUGUGGGUAUCACUCCAUUAGGUAUGGGGUCAGUUUGGGGUAUCACUCCAUUAGGUACGGGGUCAGGGUGGGGUAUCACUCCAUUAGGUAUGGGGUCAGUUUGGGGUAUCACUCCAUUAGGUACGGGGUCAGGGUGGGGUAUCACUCCAUUAGGUACGGGGUCAGGGUGGGGUAUCACUCCAUUAGGUACGGGGUCAGUUUGGGGUAUCACUCCAUUAGGUACGGGGUCAGUUUGGGGUAUCACUCCAUUAGGUAUGGGGUCAGUUUGGGGUAUCACUCCAUUAGGUAUGGGGUCAGGGUGGGGUAUCACUCCAUUAGGUAUGGGGUAAGAGUGGGGUAUCGCUCCAUUAGGUAUGGGGUCAGGGUGGGGUAUCACUCCAUUAGGUACGGGGUCAGGGUGGGGUAUCACUCCAUUAGGUAUGGGGUCAGGGUGGGGUAUCACUCCAUUAGGUACGGGGUCAGGGUGGGGUAUCACUCCAUUAGGUAUGGGGUCAGGGUGGGGUAUCACUCCAUUAGGUAUGGGGUCAGUUUGGGGUAUCACUCCAUUAGGUACGGGGUCAGGGUGGGGUAUCACUCCAUUAGGUACGGGGUCAGUUUGGGGUAUCACUCCAUUAGGUAUGGGGUCAGGGUGGGGUAUCACUCCAUUAGGUACGGGGUCAGGGUGGGUAUCACUCCAUUAGGUACGGGGUCAGGGUGGGUAUCACUCCAUUAGGUACGGGGUCAGGGUGGGGUAUCACUCCAUUAGGUUAGGGGUCAGUUUGGGGUAUCACUCCAUUAGGUACGGGGUCAGGGUGGGGUAUCACGCCAUUAGGUACGGGGUCAGGGUGGGGUAUCACUCCAUUAGGUAUGGGGUCAGUUUGGGGUAUCACUCCAUUAGGUAUGGGGUCAGGGUGGGUAUCACUCCAUUAGGUACGGGGUCAGGGUGGGGUAUCACUCCAUUAGGUAUAGGGUCAGUUUGGGGUAUCACUCCAUUAGGUACGGGGUCAGGGUGGGGUAUCACGCCAUUAGGUACGGGGUCAGGGUGGGGUAUCACUCCAUUAGGUAUGGGGUCAGUUUGGGGUAUCACUCCAUUAGGUAUGGGGUCAGGGUGGGUAUCACUCCAUUAGGUACGGGGUCAGUUUGGGGUAUCACUCCAUUAGGUACGGGGUCAGUUUGGGGUAUCACUCCAUUAGGUACGGGGUCAGUUUGGGGUAUCACUCCAUUAGGUAUGGGGUCAGUUUGGGGUAUCACUCCAUUAGGUACGGGGUCAGGGUGGGGUAUCACUCCAUUAGGUAUAGGGUCAGUUUGGGGUAUCACUCCAUUAGGUACGGGGUCAGGGUGGGGUAUCACGCCAUUAGGUACGGGGUCAGGGUGGGGUAUCACUCCAUUAGGUAUGGGGUCAGUUUGGGGUAUCACUCCAUUAGGUACGGGGUCAGGGUGGGGUAUCACGCCAUUAGGUACGGGGUCAGGGUGGGGUAUCACGCCAUUAGGUACGGGUCAGGGUGGGGUAUCACUCCAUUAGGUACGGGGUCAGGGUGGGGUAUCACUCCAUUAGGUACGGGGUCAGGGUGGGGUAUCACGCCAUUAGGUACGGGGUCAGUUUGGGGUAUCACUCCAUUAGGUACGGGGUCAGUUUGGGGUAUCACUCCAUUACGUACGGGUUCAGGGUGGGGUAUCACGCCAUUAGGUACGGGGUCAGGGUGGGGUAUCACUCCAUUAGGUACGGGGUCAGGGUGGGGUAUCACGCCAUUAGGUACGGGUCAGGGUGGGGUAUCACUCCAUUAGGUACGGGUCAGGUGGGGUAUCACUCCAUUAGGUACGGGUCAGGGUGGGGUGUAUCACUCCAUUAGGUACGGGUGUCAGGGUGGGGGUAUCACUCAUUAGUACGGGGUCAGGGUGGGGGUAUCACUCCAUUAGGUACGGGGGCAUGGUUGGGGUAUCACUCCAUUAGGUAACGGGGUCAGGUUUGGGGUUCCUCACUCCAUUAGGUACGGGGGUCAGGGGUUGGGGAUCACCUCCAUUAGGUUACCGGGGUCCAGGGUUGGUGGUUAAUCACGCCAUUAGGUACGUGGGUCAGUUUGGGGGUAUCCACUCCAUUAGGUACGGGGUCAGGUUGGGGUAUCACUCCAUUACGGUACGGGGGUUUGGGAUCACUCCAUUACGACGGGUAGGGGGGGUAUCAGGCAGCCAUUAGUUUACGGGGUCAGGGUGGGGUAAUCACUCCAUUAGGUACGGGGUCAAGGUGGGGUAUCACUCCAUUAGGUAUGGGGUCAGUUUGGGGUAUCACUCCAUUAGGUACGGGGUCAGGGUGGGGUAUCACUCCAUUAGGUAUAGGGUCAGUUUGGGGUAUAACUCCAUUAGGUUAGGGGUCAGGGUGGGGUAUCACUCCAUUAGGUAUGGGGUCAGGGUGGGGUAUCACUCCAUUAGGUAUGGGGUCAGGGUGGGGUAUCACUCCAUUAGGUACGGGGUCACUUUGGGGUAUCACUCCAUUAGGUAUGGGGUCAGGGUGGUGUAUCACUCCAUUAGGUAUGGGGUCAGGGUGGGGUAUCACUCCAUUAGGUACGGGGUCAGGGUGGGGUAUCACUCCAUUAGGUACGGGGUCAGUUUGGGGUAUCACUCCAUUAGGUACGGGGUCAGGGUGGGGUAUCACUCCAUUAGGUACGGGGUCAGUUUGGGGUAUCACUCCAUUACGUACGGGUUCAGGGUGGGGUAUCACGCCAUUAGGUACGGGGUCAGGGUGGGGUAUCACUCCAUUAGGUACGGGGUCAAGGUGGGGUAUCACUCCAUUAGGUAUGGGGUCAGUUUGGGGUAUCACUCCAUUAGGUACGGGGUCAGGGUGGGGUAUCACUCCAUUAGGUAUAGGGUCAGUUUGGGGUAUAACUCCAUUAGGUUAGGGGUCAGGGUGGGGUAUCACUCCAUUAGGUAUGGGGUCAGGGUGGGGUAUCACUCCAUUAGGUAUGGGGUCAGGGUGGGGUAUCACUCCAUUAGGUACGGGGUCACUUUGGGGUAUCACUCCAUUAGGUAUGGGGUCAGGGUGGUGUAUCACUCCAUUAGGUAUGGGGUCAGGGUGGGGUAUCACUCCAUUAGGUACGGGGUCAGGGUGGGGUAUCACUCCAUUAGGUACGGGGUCAGUUUGGGGUAUCACUCCAUUAGGUACGGGGUCAGGGUGGGGUAUCACUCCAUUAGGUACGGGGUCAGGGUAGACUGACUGAAGAUCUGAAGCUGGCCCCAUAGGAGCAGAUUAUGGAACAUCCAUGUACAUUUAUAAAAAUUUUGUAUCAGCUCAACCAUCAUAGACUCAACCAUCAGCCAAAGACGUAUUAGGUCGAGUGAAAUGUGUCAAUGACAGACUUUUGUGACAGGUGUCUACCUGCAAUAAUGAUUAAAAUUCUCAGUACUUAUAAGGUAAUUUGUGUCACUACGAUGACAAUAAGGUAAACUGACUAAAGUGUGUUAGAUAAAGGAUGUGGGCCAUGGAAGUGGACUGUGCUGCUGCAAUGUCUGGGUCUGUCUGAUGUGCCAUUGCUGUGGGCUGAGGCUGAGGGACUGGGGCUCCACUGAGCUCAUCAAGCAGCAUUUACAUGAGGAGUCUAGACUUGGGCCAGCAAUGUUCUCUCUCUCUCUCUCUCCCUCUCUCUCUCUCUCUCUCUCUCUCUCUCUCUCUCUCUCUCUCUCUCUCUCUCUCUCUCUCUCUCUCUCUCUCUCUCUCUUGCCAGACCCAGACCCAGACAGGAGUCAUGACAGCCCACACCACGUUCCAAGAUGGAAAUCAGCCUUUUCUGCAGACAGACAAUGCAUCACGUGGACAGGCAGGGUAGACUGCUAGGUCUCCUCUCCUCUGCAACCGCUGGGUUGCCUCGUUUGAUAAAAUAAUAGAGGGUAGAUUACGCUCUGCUCAUUCAAUUAGUUGGGAAAGGGGGCAGGCUGCGGACUGCGGUGGCUGAGGAAUGGUCCUGCCAUGCACUGUGGGUUAGGAUUAGUUAUCAGUAUAGAGUGGAGUGAGAAAACACCAGAACUGCAGGACGCGAGAGUCAUGUGACCAUCUCUUCCCGUCAGAAGAAACUGAGAUUCUAUGACAUGCUCAUGCUAUGCCUCCUCUGAGCUGGGAAGGGAAGCUCAUAGAGCUUUGUGCUUUGUGGGAGCUGGCAAGAUGCAUUCUGUUUUUGUGUGUGAUCUUUCUAAAGACAUACUGAGGGUUCCAGCUUCCAGGGUGUUUUGGCAAGGAGACGUCAGUUAAUGCCAGUGGUAAUGGUCAAGAAAAAGAAAAAAGGCCAGACCGGCCAAAACUGGCCUGGGGGGCAGCCGAGCAGGGAGAAUUGUUUACCACAGUAGGUUUUGACCAUUCCUACUAUUCCCUGCUGUUCCAGCAAAUGUAUUUUCUUCACUUUUAUAUGCGUAACUUAUUUUCACUCAAUUUUUAACCUAAAUCCAAUGACAUGGUGACAUUUGUUGUUGAUUUCUCGUUGAAUUCACGUUAGUGAAUGUAAAUCAAAACGUUGAACUGACGUCUGUGCCCAGUGGGUUAUGACUCAGUUAGGACAUGGUGGGACGAGGAGCUCGACUGUUGCAGUUGUUAGUCUGGUUGGCCACAACAGGCUCGUUCAGUGAGUCAGCAAAAUAGUGUUUAUUGGCGUGGUAAUGCAUCUUGACUACCUAGUCUGUAUUUGUUUGAUGAUACACUUUGCUCUUGAUUUACAAUGAUAUUGACUUUAAGUUUCUGCUUUUUGUGAAUCUGCCCAAAUUCACUUUCAUAUCCGUAUCUCUCAAGGUCAUUGUUGACAGUUAUGUAAUUUGCUUCACAUAAAUGACCAUAUUCUUUUUACAUUAAGUUAAUAUAUUCACACCUUUGGCCCCUAUCUGUACUUCCCAUAUUCAAAGAUAUAAAACAAGUUCCCUCUGGCAGAAAUAAUUGGAACUCUAAAUUGUUAUUUUAUUACUUUUUUAUGGAACUAUAAAUUAAAGAUGACACAUCCAGACACUUGUCCUCCCUUAGUUGAAACUUCUGAUCCUAUUUUGUUGACUGGUCUACGAAGCUAGAAUUAGAAGUUAGACAUCUCUAUGAUCCUCUACGAUGGCUGUUAUUAUUGUCAGUGGUUUUAUUCACUAUUAUUCCUAUAGUUUCGACUAGGCUACGAAUCAACAACAGGUUUAUUGGAUGAACCAAGAGGACUUAUAUUGUUCUUUUGGAGGACUUAUAUUGAUAGUACCAAUAUGGCAGGCAGAGGUUUGUUUAUGCCUAAGGCAAGAAAGGACCAGCCAACCUGCCAGAGUUAUUUCACGUUUGGCAAAUCACGCUAACCACAAGGAGAUUAAUGUAUUUGAUCUGAUUGCGAUGGCUGAAUUGUUUACAGAGUUGAGGCAUUCCGAGCUCUUUAAUCCACAUGAAAAAAACAGACGGAGCGCCACAAAGUUGGUUCAGCUCCAGUCGUAAAGCCUCUCUUAUUUCUACACAACAUAUCCAUCAUUCAGUAUCGCUGGCAAAAUGCUUAUGGGCAUUUAAAAACAUUCCUAUAACAGCUCUGAAUUUGUUUUUCAAUCACUUGGAAGACACAUUAUUAAUAGUGUGAGAGUGUGAGUGGCAUUGGGUAAAACAAUAUAUUUUAGUUUGGCUAAGAUUUUUUGCACAUUUGGUAAACAUGCUUUGCAUAAUCAUUCUAAAUAAUGUUGUAUUAUUCAUGCAAGAGAAUAGACUCCAUUGUAUGCUAAACAUGGCUUGAAACCUCCAUCUGUUCUGCUCUAUCAAUGUAGUUCUAAGUAAUGUUAGAGAGUUUCUUAUCCCUUAGAUUGACUGUCACCUUAUGUAACCUAGAAGGUGGUUCUGUGCAUUAUGAGUAACCUUGCCUGAGCCCUGAAGUCUAGCGUUAGCUCUCAGAGCUAAUGCCUGGGCUUUAGCUCAGCAGGCUAAAACCAAAGAAAUAGAAUGUAGCAGCUUCAGUCACACCCCAUUUGGGGUCUCUAGAUUUCCCACACUGAAGCAAUCUGUUACAUUACAUUUUAGUAAUUUAGCAUACACUCUUAUCCAGAAGAACUUACAGGCGCAAUUAGGGUUAAUUGUCUUGCUUAUGGGCACAUUGACACAUUGACAUAUCACCUAGUCUGCUCAGGGAUUUGAACCAGCGACCUUUCAGUUACCUGCUGCCUCACUCUUCACUAGGGCCGGUCACAACAUACAACAUAAGCCUAUAACCCACUGUUUGUUUGUGGUUUUGUCCAUCCACAGGUGGAAAACAGAUGUCAAUAGAGGAGUGCUGUAAGGAUGGUCGGGACCGGGGCAUUGAUAAACAGGACUGCACAGCCCUCCCUCUCAUCUCCGAGUCCACCACAUGCAGGUGACCCCACUACUGUACUUACUGGGCUCUCUUACCCAUAUAAAUAUAAUGACUACAAUAGAUAGAAAGUAGAUUAUAUUUCUAUGGUCUUACCUCUGUGCCCAUAGUGGGAAGUGCUUACCUCAGUAUUAGUCCUAUUGGGUUAACUUAGAGCUGUAACGAUAGACUAUAGGGCAAUAUGUAUUGUGGUAGGCCAUAAUGUGAGAUUACUUUACCUUACCCCGGUCAUAAAUCCGCAGCCACAUUAUUGACUUGACGUGAGAGCAGGGGACAUUACACUAGUAAUAAUGACAGUAAUAACAGCUCUGGUAGUAAUAUUAGAAGGUGUGCUGCCACAGGUUCAAGGCCAAUAAGGAGGAGAUAUGUUGCUCAAUCUGCUCUCUGGUGGCACAUGUAUUUACAUUGGCUACCCAAGUGAUACAGAAUUUGUUCAAAUUAUAGAGUGAGGGGGAAGGGUGAUGGUUUCUGGUUGAGUGGGGGGUUGGGGGUUGGGUUUAGGGUUUAGAGAGAGGGGGUAUUGCCAAAUCCAGGAAAUACCACUGAGGUGAAACUAUACUCAAAGAGAGGACUGGAGAGGGGGAAGAACAGGAAAUCGGAGGGAUUAUUUCAGACACUGAAAAAAAGACAAGAAGAGAAAAGAAAAACAGGAGCCCGGCUGUGCCCUUAAAAGGUCCUGCGGAGGCGGCAUGAGUGCGGUUGUAGUUUAUAAGGAAAAAGAGAUCAUUUCUGGUAAGAGGGUUGAUAAAGACAGAGGCUUGUUGGAACCAGUUACAGGAGUGGAGUGGAGAGGGGAUCUAAGUGCUGUACUGUACUGUUCUUUACUCAAUCUUGUAAAACAGACAAUGUAUUUCACUCCCUCCCUACAGACAGACAUACCAGACAAACCAGACAGACAGACAGAACAGAGACAGACCAGACAGACAGACAGACAGACAGACAGACAGACAGACAGACAGAACGAAAGAAAGAAAGAAAGAAAGAAAGAAAGAAAGAAAGAAAGAAAGAAAGAAAGAAAGAAAGAAAGAAAGAAAGAAAGAAAGAAAGAAAGAAAGAAGAAAGAAAAAGAAAAAGAAAGAAAGAAAGACCAGAUCAGACAGACAGACAGACAGACAGACUGACAGAAAGACAGACAGACCAGAUCAGACAGACCAGACAGACCAGACAGACAGACAGACAGACAGACAGACAGACAGACAGACCAGACCAGACCAGACCAGACCAGACCAGACAGACAGACCAGACAGAACAGACAGACAGACAGACAGACCAGACAGACCAGACAGACAGACAGACAGACAGACAGACAGACAGACAGACAGACAGACAGACAGACAGACAGACAGACAGACAGACAGACAGACCAGACAUACAGACAGACCAGACAGAACAGAGACAGACCAGACAAACAGAACAGAGACAGACCAGACAAACAGAACAGAGACAGACCAGACAAACAGAACAGAGACAGACCAGAGACAGACCAGAGACAGACCAGACAGACCAGACAGACAGACCAGACAGACAGACCAGAGACAGACCAGACAGACCAGACAGACAGACCAGAGACAGACCAGACAGACUAGAGACAGACCAGACAGACAGACCAGAGACAGACCUGACAGACAGACCAGACAGACCAGAGGCAGACCAGACAGAGAGACAGACAAACACAAGCACCCCUUAACUUAUUGUACUCCCUCAGAGGAGCAGACCAUUGGCGGCAAAGCACAGCAACCCCAGUCUCUGUCUGAUAAAGCUUGACUGUGUACAGUAAAGAGGUGUGCUGCCUGUUCUCACUCUCAUUUCAGAUCUGAUUAUUUACAGCAGACUCGCACAGCUUUUAGUCUACCUCAGUUUUCCCCUUGGAAUUCUUACAGGAUGGCAACCAUUUCUGGUUUUACUGUAAAAUGGCUAAUCAAGCCACUCCAACUGGAGAGACUGGUCAGAGAGGUGGAUAUCACUGGUCAUCCAGCUGUCUGUAAGUUCUCAGGCAUCCUAGAUAGGCUGGUCCAGACUCAGGCUGGCCAUUCACCCAGAGAGGGAUGUAUUCCAGUAAUGUUGCCCAGGAAAAGGGAUGCAAAAUCGAAACCAGGAUUUCUGGAAAACAUGGGAAUUUUGGGAAAGUAAAAAUGUUCCGACCUUAUCCAGGAAGUGUUGCAGCUCUGCACCCCUCUGUGCCAAUCAGGGGAGGGACAUCCAAUGGGGAGGUGGGUGGGUUAAAAUAGUUACUGUAAAUAAUCAAUUCUUAAGUUAGCUUCACUGUACCCAUAACAGUGGGGGUGUGGUAAGCCAAAUGAAGGCAGUCGUACAUUUACCCAACUGAUAAAGUGAAAAUUGUAAACGCAAACAACUUUUUAAUCCACCUUGAGCUCACACAGGGCCUUCCUUCAUCACUCAACCCACUUACAGCAGCUGCACCAGGCAGGACUAUGAAUAGAUCCCUAUUAGGCAUGCCCGGGGCUCUUUUUAAUAGGAAGCACUUUGAGACAGCGCUCUAUUCCACUAAGGAGCCCAGUGAUGGAGUUAAGAAUAAACUGUGUUUCCUGUGUCUUUCCUGUUCCUGUCUGACAGGAUAGUACAGGAGCAGUGCUGCGCGGCGGUACUAGAGGACUCUAUCUGCACCAACGGCAUCAACAUGGCCAAAGACCAGGGGGGCUGUGACACCCAGUUUCCUGGAAGCACCUGCGAGACCAAGACUGCCAAGGUGUGUCUGUGAGAGAGUGUGUGUGAGAGAGUGUGUGUGUGUGCAUAUGUGUAUACAUAGCACAAAUACUUGUGUGUGUGUGUGUGUGUGUAUAAAAAGUGUAUGUCAGAGAAUAAUUAAUUGUCUGCUUCAAAAACUUUACGUUCAGCACCGACGUGCAAUUUCUGCAGGAGAGUGAAUGUGCUUGAGUGUGUGUGCGUGUGUGGGCGUACGUGUGUGUGCAUGCAUCCGUGUGUGUGCGAUCCUGGUGAGCAGGAUGAAACAUGUCACUCUGGGGAGAAAUAAGGAAUCGAGCUUGUUGCUGUCAGGUAGAUUAUACAUUCACAUAAGAUACUGUCUACUACAGGCUCUCUGCCAAGCUAGGCGCUCUAUACCCGGCUGUAUUCCUCCUCAGGAUCCUGCACAACCAUAGCACCCCAUCAACACACUACAGCACAUCAAGGCAUCAGUCAAGGCCCUUGCAGAGCUUUGCCAAGGGAGCCACAGUAUAUUUGCCCAGGAGAAUGAGAUUGUUGUUAGUGCAGCCAGCAACAUGUCUUAACUUGAUCCUCAACCUCCCUGAAAUGCAGGUGUCGGCUGAUUGCAUUAAGGUGUGCUGCAUUUUAUGAAUGGGAGAAAGGAGGUACAGGAUGAGUUUAGAAUGGGGGAUAAACCAUAGCAUGCUCAUUUUCUAGCUCCCUCUAAAAUCUCUCAGUACACUACCAGACUACAACCCCACCACCCAAUACCCAUAUUAUGACAUCCUCAAGGACACACACAGACAGAGAAGAUAGACAGACACACUCAGACUAGACUCCUCGGUCGUGAUUAGUUACCACAGCCACAAAGUCAUAAACACCUCCUAUUUCUACAAUUUAUCUUCUUAAAAUGUGAUUUUAAACCUAACCCUAACCCUAACCACACUGCUAACCUUAUGCCUAACCCUAACCUUAAAUUAAGACCAAAAAGCUAUGUUUUGAUUUCAUGAAUUUUUACAAUAUAGCCAAUUUUGACUUUGUGGCUGUGGUAACUGGUGGAAGCCAGACUCCUUCCCCGAGUCAAGCCCAGACAUUUCCCCUUCAGAUGAUGGUGAUUGGUGAAGUUGUGAAGUGGUGGUGGAGUAAUUUCCCUCUGUCCGUCAGUCUGUCCAUCUGGCCAAAUUAUGCAUAUAAAUACAUUGAGUAGUCAUGUCUAUGGUCUGACUCCUCCAGAUGUGCUGUGACUGUUGUCUGCUGGGCCGGGCUGCUCAGGAGAAGGGUCUGCCCUGUGACCACAGCCUGUCUCUGGGCUACCAGUGUGGCCUGGUGUCCCGGGCCUGCUGCGAUGACGGAGCCCCCGAUGUGGAGACCAACAACAAUCUGGGUAAGAGAGGAGGGUGGAGGGAGAGGAGGGUGGAGAGAGAGGAGAGGUGGUGGAUGGAGGGGGGAGAUGGGAGAGGAGAGUGGAGACGAGGAUGGAGGAAGGGAGGAGGGAGGAGGGAGGAGGAGCUGAGGGAGAGGAAGUGGGGGGAGGGAGAGGAGAGGGUGGAGGGAGGGGAGGGAGGAGAGGGGGAGGGAGAGAGGAGGGCUGGAGGAUGGGUGGAGGAGAGGACGGAGAGGGAGAGAGGAGAGGGAGGGUGGAGAGAGGGAGAGGAGGGAGAGGGAAGGGUGGAGGGAGACCGGUGGAGGGAGAGAGAGCAGGGUGGACGGGGAGAGGAGGGUGGAGGAAGGAAGAGGAGGGUGGAGGGGAGAGGAUGAUGGUUGGGAAGCGAGGCGGGAAGGGGUGGAGGAGAGGCGGGCGCAGGGGGGUGCGAGGGGCGAGAGGAGGUGAGGAGAGGAUGAUGGAGGGAGAUGAGGUGGGGGAGAGGAGAGGAGAGGGUGGAGGGAGAGGAGAGGGUGGAGGGAGAGGAGGUGGGGGAGAGGAGAGGGUGGAGGGAGAGGAUAGGGUGGAGGGAGGGGGGAAUGGGAGGUGUUGUAAUAGAGAGGGCAGGGAGGAGGGAAAAUGUGGAGUAGAGAGGUGGAGGGAGUGACAGGAGAUAUGGACUAUUAUUCAUCUAGUUCUACACUGCCAUCUGGUGGCUAUUAGGAGACAUGGCUCUUACUGCUGUUUUAGUAAAGACCUACAUUGUCAUGAUGAAUGGUUUCAACACUCCUUGUUUGCAAACAGUUUUUGCCUGUACUGGUCAAUCUUUUAUUUUUUAUCCCCCACAGUUUCUGACAAAGACAACAAGACCCUCACUGUCAAGGAUAAUCCUUUACUGAAUGAGUGCAGUAAUGGUACAAACAACCCGUCCACACAUGACCUUGACAUGUUAUUAGCUGACUGUCCUCACAGAGUAAGUCAGAAACAUAAGUACUCUAAUAGAAAAAAUAUUUUACUUUAAUGUGCACAUUUUCUGUUCUCAACAGGAUUAGCGAAGUGUGCACAGGAAUGUGUGGGCAACGGCACCUGUGCCUGCUUCAAAGGCUACAAACUCAAACCAGAUGGGAAGAACUGUGAAGGUGGGUGGAAUGGAGGCAGCAGCCAUAUCUUGUUGAAUAGUAAAUCAGUUGGAAUAAAUCCCUGUUCAUCUAGUAUCUCCACAGGACUAGGAUAUCUUACCUCUUAGAUACGCCUUCCAUAUUAUCCUCUCCUCUUCCUCUCUCCCUCUCUCUCUCAGAUAUAAACGAGUGCCUGCUGGGUGCCAGUAACUGCCGAGUAGGCGAGCGCUGCAUCAACACGCUGGGGUCAUUCCGUUGCCAAAGAGAGGUCAGCUGUGGUACCGGUUACGAGCUUACCGACAGCAACAACUGCAAAGGUCAGAGGUCGCAACACAACACCUCCUACAGGGGAGAGGGAAUAUGCAAAGAUCAAUAUGUAUGAUUCAUGAUUCAUACAUCCAUGAUAAACUGGAUACAGACUUUAUCUAUCUAUCUGUCUCUCUGUCUGUCUGACUGUCUGUCUGUCUAUCCAUCCUUCCUUCCUUCCUUCCUUCCUUCCUUCCUUCCUUCCUUCCUUCCUUCCUUCCUUCCUUCCUUCCUUCCUUCCUUCCUUCCUUCCUUCCUUCCUUCCUUCCUUCCUUCCUUCCUUCCUUCCUUCCUUCCUUCCUUCCUUCCUUCCAUCCAUCCAUCCAUCCAUCCAUCCACCCAUCUAUCUAUCUAUAGAAUUUACAAUGAAGCUAUUGUUGAGUAUUUAUGAGAAUAGAUUUGAAUCACAUACAUUUUAAUAUCAUGUAAAUCUGCUGAUGCUGUCGUACAACAUGCCUUCUUCCCCCCAGACAUUGACGAGUGUGAGUCGGGCACCCACAACUGCGCCCCAGACUUUAUGUGUCAGAACAGUCAGGGGUCAUUCCGCUGUCGGCCCAAGAACCAGUGUGGCGAUGGAUACAUCCAGGAUGCCCUGGGCAGCUGCAUCGGUUAGCAUCAGAACCCUGUUACCAUGGCAACACAUCACCAGGACAACACAUCACCCCAUCCAUCCCACAUAUACCCCCAAACACAGUAACUUCAAUGUACCGUCCACAGUGCCCUCUGACAUACAUACAUACACUACCGGUCAAAAGUUUUAGAACACCUACUCUUUCAAGGGUUUUUCUUUAUUUUUACUAUUUUAUUCUACAUUCUACAUUGUAGAAUAAUAGUGAAGACAUCAAAACUAUGAAAUAACACAUAUGGAAUCAUGUAGUAACCAGAAAAGUGUUAAACAAAUAAAAAUAUAUUUUAUAUUUGAGAUUCUUCAAAUAGCCACCCUUUGCCUUGAUGACAGCUUUUACACUCUUGGCAUUCUGUCAACCAGCUUCACCUGGAAUGCUUUUCCAACAGUCUUGAAGGAGUUCCCACAUAUGCUGAGCACUUGUUGGCUGCUUUUCCUUCACUCUGCCGUUCGACUCAUCCCAAACCAUCUCAAUUUGGUUGAGGUCGGGGGAUUAUGGAGGCCAGGUCAUCUGACGCAGCACUCCAUCACUCUCCUAAUUGGUAAAACAGUGUCACCAGCAUAGCACCCCCACACCAUAACACCUCCUCCUCCAUGCUUUACGGUGGGAAAUACACAUGCGGAGAUCAUCCGUUCACCCACACCACGUCUCACAAAGACACGGCAGUUGGAACAAAAAAUCUCAAAUUUGGACUCCAGACCAAAGGACAAAUUUCCACCGGUCUAAUGUCCAUUGCUCGUGUUUCUUGGCACAAGAAAGUCUCUUCUUCUUAUUGGUGUCCUCUAGUAGUGGUUUCUUUGCAGCAUUUCGACCAUGAAGGCCUGAUUCACACAGGCAUGUUGAGAUGUGUCUGUUACUUGAACUCUGUGAAUUUAUUUGGGCUGCAAUUUCUGAAGCUUGCAACUUUAAUGAACUUAUCGUCUGCAGCAGAGGUAACUCUGGGUCUUCCUUUCCUGUGGCAGUCCUCAUGAGAGACAGUUUCAUCAUAGCGCUAGAUGUUUUUUGCGGCUGCACUUGAAGAAACCUUCAAAGUUCUUGAAAUCUUCCGUAUUGACUGACCUUCAUGUCUUAAAGUAAUGAUGGACUGUCGUUUCUCUUUGCUUAUUUGAGCUGUUCUUGCCAUAAUAUGGACUUGGUCUUUUACCAAAUAGAGCUAUCUUCUGUACCUUCCCCUACCUUUUCACAACACAACUGAUUGGCUCAAACCUGUUAAUUGAAAUGCAUUCCAGGUGACUACCUCAUGAAGCUGGUUGAGAGAAUGCCAAGAGUGUGCAAAGCUGUCAUCAAGGCAAAGGGUGGCUAUUUGAAGAAUCUCAAAUAUAAAAUAUAUUUUGAUUUGCUUAACACUUUUUUGGUUACUACAUGAUUCCAUAUGUGUUAUUUCAUAGUUUUGAUGUCUUCACUAUUAUUCUACAAUGUAGAAAAUAGUAAAAAUAAAGAAAAACCCUUGAAAGAGUAGGUGUUCUAAAACCUUUGACCGGUAGUGUACAUUACAUAUGUAUAACCUCUGACCUCUACCACAGACAUCAAUGAGUGUCUGGCCCAGACGGGGCCUUGCCACCCUGGCCAGUUGUGUAUGAACACGGUGGGCUCCUUCACCUGCCAGAGGAACUCUGUCAACUGUGGCCGGGGAUACCACCUCAACGACAACGGCAACCGCUGCGUGGGUACGUACGGCUGCUUCAUUUACAUACUGAGGCCUCAUCGCACCAGUCGGGGCAUAAGGCCUCCACAAGAUCCCUGUCCUGGGCUAUAGUAGACAGCCUCAACAUCCCCUGUAACCACCUCAGCACUGAUAGACAUGGUUCUCUACCAUGUUCACCUCCAUUGGUUAGCAUUAGGAACCUGACACUGUAACCUACAUUUCCAUGUAUUUCUAGUGGCCUCGCUAUCCUUCUGCAUGCCGAUGCAUUUGUUUCUUCCUGUAAUUUAUUGUGGUCUCUCUCUCUGCCCUGGUGUAGAUAUCGAUGAGUGUAAAGGUCCUGAUGGAGCGUGUGCAGGCCAUGGCUGUAUCAACCUGGUAGGAUCGUUCCGUUGUGAGUGUAAGACUGGCUUCAUCUUCAACAGCAUCAGCCGCGUCUGCGAAGGUACACACUGACUUCCUACUCCUUGUAGUUACCUAGUAGUUAAAGGACAGUGUAGUGUCAGUUGACAUAAGCAGAACACCAAUAGUCAUGACUGUUUAUGACAUCUGGUAUGUCAUCAUAAUCACAGUGUUAUGUAGGUCUUAUGACAAAGGGUUCAAGUUAAAGGUUACCGAAGAUUGGGUCUGUGCUUGCUUCGGUUUCUUAUAUACUGUAGAUCAGGGAUCAUCAGCUAGAUUCAGCCGUGGGCCGGUUUUUUCUUGAGUGGAUGAUCAGGGGGCUGGAACAUAAUUACAAAUAAUUUGUAGACAGCAAAUUGACCGCAAGAAGCCCAAACAGAUAUAAUAUUUGACUAAAUCAUAAUCAUUUCAAACCUUGCUUACAUUUGUAUACGAUGACAUAUAUCUCUCUAUUAUGCGUGGGAAUACUUUGGAACAGAUUUCCUAAAUUAAAAUCAGUUGGAGCUGAUUGGCUGGUGUUUUUACAGUCUUUUAUGUCCCCAAAAAAUUAAAAAUAGAAAAUAACUGGCAAUUGGGGAACCCUGCUGUAGAUAUUCAACUUAGUGUCCUUUUCUUCUGUGUCUUAGAUAUCAAUGAGUGCAGGCACUACCCAGGGCGCCUCUGUGCCCACAAGUGUGAGAAUGCCGUGGGGUCCUAUAAGUGCAGCUGCACCCAAGGCUUCAAGCUGGCCAGCGACGGCAGGAACUGUGAUGGUAAGGCAGCCUUCCAAUGUUAAUAGAGGUGUUUAAAUCUGAGCUUCUCUCAUUGGCCAUCUCUUGUUUUGCCUUACUGAAGUUUGUGGUCAUGUGUUUUAUAAAGGUUUACUCGCUAGAGCGCAGAGAGAGAGCGAGAGAGAGAAGAGAGAGCAGAGAGAGAGAGAGAGAGAGAGAGAGAGAGAGAGAGAGAGAGGAGAGAGAGAGAGAGAGAGGGAGGGAGAGAGAGGAGAGAGAGAGAGAGAGGAGAGAGAGGAGUAGACAGAGAGAGGAGAGAGAUAGAGGGAGCAGAGAGGAGGGGAGCGAGAGGGAGGAGGUAAUGCGAUAGAUAAAACGAGAUAUCUAGAAGUUCUCGAGAGCGAUCUCAGCUAGCGGAGGGUUGGGCGAUAGCUGAUCUCCUAUCGAUGCUCAUCUAUCUCUCUAUCUCUCUCUCUCUCUCUUUUCUCUCUCUCUCUCUCUCUCUCUCUCCUCUCUCUCUCUCUCUCUACGUUGCUCAAGCUCAGGUGACAGUACUGUGUAUAGAUUACUAGUAUUAUCUAACUGAGUUACAUUGUUGUGUGUAGAUCUAAAUGAAUGCGAGAGCAGCCCUUGCAGUCAAGAGUGUGCCAACGUGUACGGCUCCUACCAGUGCUACUGUCGCCGUGGCUACCAGCUCAGUGACAGGGAUGGCAUCAACUGUGAAGGUAGGAGAUGAUAGAACACAUCUAAUGAGCCAUAGCCUACUGUGGAACCUAAUCAGGAGCCCCAUUACAGAGGUAUUAUUUGUCUUGACUUCCUGUACCCUUUAUAUCCUCUAUUGUUUGACCUCUGAUCUUUGACCUCCUCUCCAGACAUUGAUGAGUGUGCCUUGCCCACCGGGGGUCACAUCUGCUCCUACCGCUGCCACAACACCCCCGGGAGCUUCCACUGCAACUGCCCCGCCACCGGCUACACCCUGGCCCCCAACGGACGCAGCUGCCAGGGUAAGUCCUUGCUCCUUAUGGGGGUUUAGGGGUUCUCAGCAUGGGGGUUAUGGUCAUUCUUCAGAUCAGAAGGUUGCUGGUUUGAAUCCCCGAGGUGAAAAAUAUGUUGAUGUACCCUUGAGCAAGCAACAUAACCCUAAUUGCUCCUGUAAGUUGCUCUGGAUAAGAGCGUCUGCUAAAUGAAUAAAAUGUAACAGUGAUAAUUCUGUGAACCAAACUUCUGUAAUGAGUAGCCUGAGACCUGAAGAGUUGCAUUAGCUCCCAUUGCUAAUGCCUAGGCUUUAGCUCAGCGGUCUCGUGACGCGCAGGAGACCGAUGUUUGAGCCGAGUUUUCAUGUUUAAUAUAUAGGAUUGUAAAUUUUUUGGGUUCUGAAUUGAUUAAUUUCUCUUCCUGUUCAGAUGUUGAUGAGUGUGUGACAGGGACACACACCUGCUCUGAGACAGAGAGCUGCUUCAACGUGCAGGGUGGAUUCAGAUGCUUGUUCUUUGAGUGUCCACCCAACUAUCGCCGAGCAGGGGAGAAGUGAGUACCUACCUACCUACCUAAGGUCUCUCUCUCGAAUACUGGGGGUAUAUGCCUGUUUUUAGUUCACAGUAUCACAAGGUCACCAGGUAUGGAGUUCUCAGUUAAGUUCUCAUUGACCAAGGGGGAUGACUUUAUGUAACUCCUUGUUAAUCAGGAGAACAACCCUUUUCACACUACUGAGCCAAACUGAGUCCAGUCAAGGCAAGCAUUACUGUGCUGGCCUGGCUAAGCAUUGUGAAACGAAAAACAUCCCUGCCAGCAGAGUAUGGUCAGGUUGGUCCUAAAGUGUGGAUCAGGCACAAGUUAUUUUAUGGCCACUGUUCUACAGUGUAUACACAACCUAAACCCCAAACCCAACCUAAACCCCAAACCCAAACCCAACCUCAACCCCAAACCCAACCUCAACCCCAACCCCAACCUCAACUCCAACUCCAACUCCAACUCCAACCCCUACCUCUCUAUUGAAGCUGUGCAUGCCCAAUGUUGAUGCUUAAUGACUUCAGUUUUAGGAUUCAGUCAAAGCAUGUUCUGUUAAUGCAGGCAGUUGAAUGACAAAAUGUAAUACUUUCCUUGAGAUGUUCUUGCAUGACCCUACAGGGGGCAGUGUGACACCUACUGGUCCACAGAAACACAUGAGGCUGACUUUGUCCCUACCCACCUAGCCCCACCCAGCUACCAGCAUGCCAUGCACGGCAAAUCAAACUUAUACCUCUCUUUUGUUUUCUGUUUGUUCUAUCUGUCUGUCUUUGUCUUGUCCUGUCCUGUCUCUUGCCCCUCUCUCUUCUUACAGUCGUUGUGAACGCUUGCUUUGCAAUCAGACUAGCGAGUGCCUGGCCUCGCCUCUGAGAAUAACCUACUACCACCUCACCUUCCCCACCAACAUCCCCGUGCCCACCAACGUCUUCCGCAUGGGCCCGUCCAACACCGUGCCCGGAGACCACGUCCAGAUUGCCAUAGUCGGCGGCAACAAAGGCGACUUCUUCAGCGCGCAGAGAGUGCCCUCUGGUGGUGUAAUGGCUGUGACGAGGCCCAUCACAGAGCCGCAGGACUUUGAGCUGUCUCUGGAGAUGAGACUGCUGCGUUACGGCACCACCAGCACCUACCUAGCCAAAGUCCUGGUGUUUGUUGUCCAGGAGCAGCCCAUCCUACCCUAUAACGCCAUCCCCGAGUAGAGGGGAGUAGCAUAGAGUAACAACAAUAACAGCCAAAAAAGAGCAAACACUUCCAUGAUAAGCAAGCUCAUACACAGUUGACAUAGACCAGAAGCAGCAUUUUUCUGUAAUUUGUGUCCUUGUUUUUGGUCUUAUUGUGGUUUUUUGAUUACUGUAGCUAUUCCAAGUAUAGGCCCGCAAAAUAGGCAAAAUGUAAUGUACUCUGUUGGAAUAGCCGCUAGGUGGCACUCUAGGGCAGGGUAUUGAGGUAGUGGCCUGGGGAUGCCAAUUGAUUACUGUAUGUGAAUUAUCAUUUGCAUGGUGUAGUUGUAGUCCAACAUUAUCUAAUGGUUGAUUUGUUUAAUGAAAUGUUUUGUAUUAAAAUUGGAAUAGACACAAUAGACGUUCAAUUCUGACACAUUUUUUAAACAUAUGUUUUGUGGACAGCACCAGAGAUAGAAUUUUUUAUUUCAGUAAUACAUAGCUGGGGGAACUAUGACCUGUAAAGCAAGUAUGCACUUAAUGUUUGGGGUAAGAUUAUGUGGUUUGUGAAAACGUAUUUUCAGUGGCAUAGGUACAUCUGUUGAAUAGAACUGUGAUAU